UUUGCAAUUUCGUGUGUAUCUCUAUCGUGCUUCAAAAAGAAACCUAAGCAAGCAAGCAAACUCUCUCUCUCUCUCUCUCUCUGCCGUAACCUCUCGUUUCACCAUCACCAUAUCCCUUCACUGUUACACUUUCUCUCUCUAAAGGAGUCAUCUUUUUUCUUCUUCAACCUCUGGGCAUCCAUGGCGGAUGCUUUCGAACCCUACCAUAUCCCACAACAGAGCCGUCGAGACAAACUUCGAAUUCUCUCUCACUCUCAGAACCCUUCUCUCGAUCACACCGACUUCCACUUUCACCCUCCUCCUUCCUCCGCCGCAAUAUUCCCUCUCAUCGACACCGAUUUAUUCUCCUCCGCCGCCGGAGAGCCCCACGCCCUUGGCAACUUCAUGGGCUUUCUCGGCGGAGCCUCCGUCGCCGGGUCGCCGUCUUCUUCCGCCGCCGCCGUCCACGGCGGAGACAGAGCCUGCGACCAGGCCUUCAGUGGUGGAAACGUUCUCGUCUUCAAGCCCGAACCUCUGUCCCUAUCUUUGGCCUCUCACCACGCGCACGACCAAGACAACAACAACAGCAAUAACGAUCUCCACAGGUUCGGGACCGGGUACGAGGUUGUCGUCCCCGGCGGCGGAGGAUCCGCCGGGUCGAGGGGAUCGGGGCCGUUGGGCCCACUCGGGCCGUUCACAGGCUACGCUUCGAUCUUGAAGGGGUCGAGGUUCUUGAAGCCAGCUCAGCAGUUGCUGGAGGAGUUUUGCAAUGUGGGCCGUGGGAUUUACUCCGACAGAAUCGAAGACGAAGAUUCAUCGCCGAUGUUUGAUCCAACGGUGGAUAAUCUCGCCGCGAGUUCCGGUGGAGGAGAGAGUAGCAAGAAGAGAUCCAAGCUCAUCUCCAUGCUCGACGAGGUGUACAAGCGGUACAAGCAGUACUAUGAGCAGCUUCUAGCCGUCAUAGAAUCGUUCGAGUGCGUGGCGGGGCUCGGGAAUGCGGCUCCUUUCGCGAGCUUGGCGUUAAAGGCGUUGUCGAAGCAUUUCAAGUGCCUGAAGAACGCCAUCACUGACCAGCUUCAGUUCACAAACAAGGCGCAACAACAACAAGGUGAUCAUGUCGUCAUGAACUCUGAAAAGUUCGAGUCUUUGAGGUUCGGUAAUGAUUUGGGUCACAGGCUCGGUUUCUCUAACCACCACCCGCCCGUGUGGAAGCCGCACCGUGGUCUUCCUGAACGUGCCGUGACUGUCCUCAGGGCUUGGCUCUUCGACCACUUCUUGCACCCAUACCCGACUGAUACGGACAAACUCAUGUUGGCUAAACAGACAGGUCUAUCAAGAAACCAGGUAUCAAACUGGUUCAUAAACGCACGAGUUAGGUUAUGGAAGCCAAUGGUGGAGGAGAUACACAUGCUCGAGACGCGACAAACUCAGAAAUCCUCUUCCUCGGCGGCGGCGCAAAGGCCUCAACACACGUCAGCGCCCAGGAGAACCCGAAACGACGACGUUCCCGGCGGCGAAUUUUCCGGCAACGAAGCUUUGGGGUUUACUUACGGCGCUCAAAACGUCCCCGUUUUGAGCACCAACGGAGUGUCGUUGACGUUAGGGCUCCAUCAUCAGACCAACGGUGUCGGGUUGACGGAGCCGUUUCCGGUUAGCGCUGCUCAGCGGUUCGGGCUCGGCAUCGGCGGAGAUGGGUAUGUCGGCAGCGGCGGUGGCGGCGUGGGGUUCGGAGGGCAAAAUCGUCAAUUGAGCAGGGGCUUUGUUGGUGGUGAUAGUAGUAAUCAGCUUCUUCAUGACUUUGUAGGAUGAAAAUAUAUGUCGGAAAAAUGUUUUUGUCAUGUCGGUUUGUGUAUGGGAUGGGCCUUGUAUUAUUGCCUUUGUUGUGUAUAUGAGGUAUUUUCCGAGAAAAUUUUACCCAAGGUAAAAAAAAAAUCUCUUGGAAAUGAAUCAUUGUAAUUUAUAAUAUUUAUUUCGCGUUUAA